UUUUUAAAAAAUCUAAAAAAAAGCUUUAUUUAUUUAAACUUAUUACCAAUCACCUUUCUAGUACUAUUUAUAAAAAAGCUAAGAAAAAAUCUAAGAUUUUAUAUUAAUUAUUAUACUUUAAAUACUAUUUCUAUAAAAAAUUAUUAUCUGCUUCUGCUUAUU